AUGGAGAAUAUUCAGCAUGUAAAUCUGGAUCCGAAUUUGGAGAACCCUAUAAUCGAGAUCCUCAAUCGAUCCAUGGAGGAGUGGCUAGAGAAGGAAGACCUGAUAGCUCUGUAUCAGCGACAUGCCGUUCAGCAAUUCCCCAUAUCCGAAGAAACCCCAGGCCCAGCGCCGUUUGUUGAAGGUUUGUUCAUCUACGAUGAAGAUUUCUACGUUGAUGAUUACCCUUGGCGCGAUGUUAAUCAAGUGCGCAGGCGUAAUUGCGUUUCGCGGAAGUUGGGCAACUCCACUUAUCCCAGAAUUGGGUAUACAGAGGCCAUCCUUACGUUGACUCCUGUUACAGAGUUCCAGAGAAGAACUCAUCACGCCAAAAUUGAUGCAAAUCAGAAUCAUCCGGGGCUUGCCAUGGUGCAUUAUAGGGUCGUUGAUGUACCUCCUCAAGUGGUAAACCAAAACGAAGUUGCUAAUGAUCAAAACGACGAUGAAGAGAAUCACGGUGGUCAUGUGGCGGACGACUUGAAUGCCAAUGAAGAAGUCGGUAACCAAGCAGAGGGUGAAUCAGACUUGGAGGAAGAGGACGAUCUGGUUGGAGAUCCAGAUUAUAACCCCCUAGAUGAUCAGGAUGCGGCCGAUUCUAGCUCUACAGAGCCACUGCUCAAGGAUUGGACUUCGACUGGAGCCAUCUCCUCUGAUACGUAUGAUGUGUUCCCUGCUGAGGCUACGAGCGUUGGAAACCUGCAACAGGUUCAUGAAAUGGCUACGGCUAUAGAGGAUGCCCAAGUGAAGCGAGUUCCAAGCUUGAAACUGCUCGAGGAGGGUUGGAGGAAAGAACUGAUGGCGGUGGCUUCAAGUUCUCGAGUAUCCUCAACACCAGGCAAAGAACUUGUGGUGACGAAACCUUACAAUUCAAGACCAUCUUUCACUCUUAGCGAUAUGGCUACGGUAUCAGGUAUACAGGACAACUAUCUGAUAAAACUGCUGGAGGAGAAGGGAUGUGACUUACUUAAGAGCCUUGGCAAACCCAACGAAGUCACCCAUGUAGAUUUUGAAAGAGGUUAUGCUUUUGUGUAUGCUGAAGACGAGCGUGAUGCUGAAGAUGCAAUCCGUGGGAAAGAAGGAAAGGCAUCAAUUGAAUGGGCCAAGGGUGAGCUUGGGAAGCCUCGUGAUGGAAAGGGAGCCUCGAAUCGGAGGCCUACUAAGACACUGUUCGUCAUCAACUUUGACACAAAAGAGCGUAGACACUUCGACUCGUAUGGUAAAGUUCUCAACGUCCGCAUCAGUCGCAACUUUGCAUUUGUUCAAUCUGCGAACGAGGAAGAUGCACACAAAACAGGUAACAACAAUGCUUACUACCUAUUUAAGAAUUACUUGCCUUCUUUCUCUAACUCUUUCCAUUACUGGAAUCCUUAA